AUGGCAUCGGGCGACGGGGUGGACUUGGAGUCGUUGCUGGGGGCGCUGGAUGAAGCGGAUUCCUUCCUCAAGUCCAGGGAAGAGCCGUGGAGGGCUGAAGCCGGCGGCGCGAUUGACCUGGAAAGUGCACAUCCAGACCCUGACCCAGUGGAUCCGGCGGAGACAAAGCCCAGCCGUGGCAGUCUGUUGCGCCGACGGCGGAAGGAGGAGCGACGUCAGCCGAGUCAGCCGAGUCAGCCGAGGCAAGCGGAAACGCAGCAAGGAAACGAGGCUGAAACAACGGCGAAAAAAGAAGACUUUCUGGAUAGCUUCCUGUCGGACUUGAUCGAUUCCUCGGAUGACGGCAAACCUGCAGGACCAGAGCCACCGACACCGCCCAAGCGGCGAAUUCGCCACAAGAGCAAGGGACCCCGGCCCACCUGCGUCGAAGAUGGUGCAUGUGACCCAUCAUAUUUCCGCUCUCUGGAGGGCUUUGAGAAAUUCUGGAUAUCUGGUUUGGCAAAAGCUUUUGCUGAAGCAGCUAAAGAACGUUUGCUCCGCCGCCGGAAGUCGCGUGCCGCCGCAUGUCCCACUGCCGCGCCCACGGGGGAUCCAUUCACCAGGUCGUUGACGACUGGCCUCUCAUCAUUCAUCGCCGAUGCCAGACAGCGCACUAGAGACGGUGCCCUGGAAGCGUUCAAUGGUGGGGUUCCAGCAGAUGAAGCGCUCCACGAGGCAAGAGGCCUGGUCUAUCGAGACAUGGGUGAGUAUCAGCUGGAGGCCCUGGAGGUCAUUACCCCAAUCUACCCACCAAAUAGGACGGCACUAGUGGACUUUGACGCCGUCAUUGAGCUGGAACCAGAGAAAGGAAGGCACUACUACAACCGUGGCGUUGUCUAUCAUCGGAUGGGCCGCGAAGAGGAUGCUAUUGAGGACCUGUCCAGGGCCAUUGAGCUAGGCAGCACUGAGGCUGCCGUCUUCAGCGAAAGAGGUCUUGCGUGGAGAUCCUUUGGCAAUAUGGCCCAGGCCGUCAUCGACCUCACCUCCGCCAUUGAAGCUGAUGGCACCCAGACCUUGUACCUCUCCAACCGAGGGCAGUGUCUGUUUGAGCAAGGGCUCUACGAUAGGGCUGAGGCUGAUCUAAGCCGUGCCCUGCAGAUCGACGGCCGGGAUGCGGAGCUGCUUUACAGGCGGGGCAUCACGCGCUAUGCGCAGAAGCACUACGCGGAGUCCAUUGCGGAUCUGAAGGCCGCCUUGGCUCAGGGCCCGGUGGCUGGUCAUGAGGCAGAGGUGUACUACCAUCUGGGUGUCUCCUACGCCAACUUGGGCAAGCACGUGCUGGCAGUUCCCGCCUACGACCAAGCCAUCAACCUCACACGCGAAGACAAGCCCCACUAUUUGCAUGAGCGUGCAAAGAGCCUGCAGAUCGUUGGAGAGCACAAGCGUGCCCUGGACGACUUCUCCAAGGUGAUCGACAUGCAGCCAACCAAUGCACGUGCCAUGUUCAGGAGGGCUUUCAGCUUCAAGGUGGGGCUCGUUUUGCAAACCGACCACAGGUGGCGACAGAAAUGUCUGUUAUCUCGCGAGAUGUUGAUGUCAGUUGCUGCUGGAUGA